AGGUUAGCGAAUAUCAUCUUCCAAGCCUCAUCGCCACGAUGUUUGUUGGGCUUUAGGAGAGUAGACUCGUUCGCCACAACUUUUCCUUUCGUCUAGGGCUGUUGGUGAAUCUCGGAUGCAACACCGACUUCUCUCGUCAAGGUGUUGUAAUCUCUUAUCUGCUCUCAUCUUCGGGCAUCUUUCUCGAAGCGCUUGUUUCUCCAGCAGCAGGUUGCUUCUCAGAACCGCGGGCACACCCAGAAACGCACUUGACCUCAGGUGCAGCGCGAGGAACUUCGCGACUUUGCCCGGCAUGGAGACUCUCGCAAAGUUGGGGGAGUGUGCGAGCCACUCGUGGUUGGAGCAGUUAGAAGCAGAUCCAGAGACAGAGCUCCAUGCUCCCAACAGGAAAUCUCGAGAGGUCAAGUCAGGGCAUUACGUUAGGGUCCUGCCGACGCCUCUGCCGGAUCCCAAGCUGAUCAUCCACUCAGAGGACAUGAGCAAGCACUUGGGGCUGAGCGAGGAGGUUGUGCAGUCGGAUCAGUUCGUCAGGUUCUUCAGCGGAGAGCAGUCGCUGGUCCCGGAGCUCGAGUCGUGGUGUACCCCGUACGCUCUUUCCAUCAUGGGGAAUCGGUAUACCCACAACUGCCCCUUUGGCACGGGCAACGGAUACGGAGACGGGCGAGCGAUCAGUAUCGGGGAGGUGGUGGUGAACGGAGAGCGCUGGGAGCUGCAGAUGAAGGGGUCGGGGACUACUCCUUUCUGUCGGGGAGGCGACGGCCGGGCAGUGCUCCGGUCGUCCAUCAGGGAGUUCCUUGCUUCAGAGGCCAUGUUCCAUCUGCGCGUCCCCACUACCCGCGCCCUCUGCCUCAUCAAGAGCGAGACUGAGAAAGCUCGCCGUCCCUGGUACAGCGGAGAGGAUCGGAUGCCGUCAGAAGAUCAUCCGAGGCUAGCGAGCCUACCAGCCCACGAGAGGAAGAUGUACAUGCGGGAGAUCGCGUUGAAGCUAGCUGAGCCGGACGUGAUGAUCCGCGAGUCCUGCGCCAUCACAACCCGCGUAUCCCCCAGCUUCUUGAGGGUCGGGCAUCUCGACCUCUUCGCCAGGAGGGCGGAGGUCGCUCCGACCCCUGACGGGCUGCGUCAGCUUGAGCAGCUCAUCUCGCAUGCCUUGUUCAGAGAGUAUCCUGACGUCUCGCCCGACGCUCCUCUCCCCGCCCGAGCCAAGGAGAUGUUGCGAGCAGCUGCUGACAGGUUCGGACGGCUGGUGGCCGACUGGCUUCGUGUUGGUUUCUGUCAGGGCAACUUCAAUGCGGACAACUGCCUGGUGGGCGGGAGGACGAUGGACUACGGGCCCUUCGGCUUUAUCGACUGCUAUGACCCUCUCUUUGCCAAGUGGGUUGGCAGCGGAGAUCACUAUGCCUUCAUGAACCAGCCCAACGCGAUCCUCGCCAACUUGCAGUUCGCUGUGUCGCUCUCGCCCGUCCUGAGCGGAGGGCUGGACGACGUGCGUGAGGUGUUGACAUACGCGAAGCGCUCUGUUCUUUCAUCUGUCCAAGACGUGUGGAGGAGGAAGUUUGGACUGAGGCAGCAGAACGAUGAACUCGCUCAGGAUCUGUUCAACACCUAUGAGGACUUGCUCCGCCGCUCGUGCGGCGACUGGACCAUCAUCUGGAGACAGCUUGCAGAGGUGGUGCUGGUCGAGGACGGGGCAGAGGACGAAAAGCUCCUGGCGCCCCUGCUGGCUGGUUUCUACGAGCCGCUGACGGACGAGCUGAAGGAGAGCUGGAUCAAGUUCCUCAAGCGCUGGAGGAACGAGCUAGCCAACGAGGGAACCACCGCGCAGCAGGCAGCAGAACAGAUAAGAAGCGAGAGCCCCAUGUUCAUCCCACGUGAGUGGAUGUUGGUUGAGGCGUACAAGCAAGCUGAAAAAGAAGACUUCUCUCUUGUGCAAGAGGCAGUUUCCAGCUACAGCACGUGCUCCAUGUGCUGGGGCGCAGCUGGAGACUGCCGAGAAGAUGUAGGGAGAGAGGAGCUCUAGAUGCUCUCGUGACGUUUCUCCCUGAAACGCAAAGCGCGGGGAAGAGCCGAUUGAGCAUGGACCAGGAGCUUCUGGGCUCGGAGAAAGGGAGGAGGAGGAGGAGGAGAACGAGGGAGACUAGAACUGAGUUCUUCAUUCCUCUACAUCUCAGCGAGUAAACCUCUGAGUCUUUGUC